AUGGCCACCCAAAACGCAGAUACCAACACCAAACACGGCUGGACCCCCGUCCACCGCUCCCUCGACAAACUCGUCGCCAGCAGAACCAACCUCCAACCCUCCAAACCCGUAGCAAUCGACGACAUCCCCCUCCCAUCUGGCGCACUGGCCGAACAAGUCCUCAAAUACGCCAAGGAAAACCUCCCCACCGAGACAUUGAACCACAGCAUGCGAGUAUACUACUACGGCCAAGCGAUAGCCUCCCAACACUUCCCCACCUGGACCUACACGCCCGCGACAUACUACUUCGCCUCCCUCCUGCACGACAUAGGAACCACUCCCUCAAACCAAAACAGCACCCACCUCUCCUUCGAAUUCCAAGGCGGCGUCCUCGCGCUCGACUUACUCAAGAACCAGCUCAAAGCCGAAGUCGCGCAGGCGGAAUCUGUCUGUGAGACGAUAAUCCGGCAUCAGGACCUCGGGAGCGAGGGGAAUAUCACGACGCUCACGGCGGUGAUUCAUUUCGCCACGGUGUUGGAUAAUGCUGGGUUGUAUCCGGAGCUGGUGCAUGAGGAGACGAUUAGGAAUGUGACGCAAGCGUAUCCGAGGAAUGGGUGGACGGGGUGUUUUGCGGGUGUGGUGAGGAGGGAGUGUGAUUUGAAGCCGUGGGCGAACACGACAAGGAUUGAAGGGUUCGCUGAGAUGGUCGAGGCGAAUGAUUUGAUGAGGCCGUUUGAUUAG